AAUAAAAAACCUAACAGUGGAACUUAAAAGCAAGCAAGACGAAUUAAAAAAUGUGAAAGAAGAUUUGCGGUAUUUCCAAGAGGAAAAGGAGGCUACCUAUAAGCAGUCACAAGUGCUCAGAAGUGAACUAGACAGCAUUAAAGAAGCCAUUUCCAGUAACCUGGAGAACUGGGCUGCCAUGAAAGAAGAAAUUUUUCUACAAAUAAAAACUGUUAGCAAAGAAGCUUUGACAGAAAUAGCCAAAUUGAAUCAAAGAUUAGCAAAAUCCCAGAGAGAGAAUGAAUGCCUCCAAGAAAAGGUAAAACAUCUGACCUUGGUGGCCGACACGGUUGAGCUGAAAACUCAACAGCUUCAAACUUCACUUCAGCAGGGGAGUGAGCUACAAAGUAGAUGCCGUGAACUACAAAAGGAAACUUUAGAUUUAACAAAUCAAGUAGAGACAAUUGGACUGAAGCUGCAGAAAGUAACAGCCGAGAUGGACCACUACAAAAAGCUGUUAAUGGUGAAAUCAGCAGAACUUGAUGUCUGUCAAAAUGAACUGAAAAAAAUGAAAUACGAAAAUGGAAUUUCUGAGUCAAGACUUACGAAAGAGCUCAAGGAAAAGGACGAAUCUCUUCUAAUUUGCCAACAAGUAUGCAAACAUUUACAGGAAGAAGUGGCUGAGAAAGAAAGGAAAGAAGAAGAUCUAAAAAGAAGAACUGGUCGAUCAGAAAGUGAGCUGGAAGCACUGAAAGCCCUUCUCAGACAAACAGAGGAAGAAGUGGUGAUGUUGAAACAAGAAAGGGAGUUAAUGCUGAUUUCUCAUCAGAACAGAACAGAGCAGCUGCAGGAAACAUUAAGACAGAAGAUGCGGAAUGAAGAUAACUGGAGGGAGAAGAUGGAAAUUGGUCUGGCUAAAGGUGAAGCACGACACAAAGAAGCAAUUCUUAAAGUCAAGGAAGAAGCGAGAGUGGAACUAGACAUUGAGAGACAAAAACAGCAAGAACUAAUCACAAAAUAUCAGAGAGAUCAUGAAGAGCUUCAGAAGAAGAUACCGGGUUUAAUAUCCAGUGCCACCAAUAGCUUAAGGAUGGAGACAGAAAUUCUUGAAAAGAAGCUACAGGAUGCCCAGAUCAAACUUGCAGAGAAAGAUGAAGAUAAGGAUAAAGAAAUUCAGAACCUUAAAAGACUAAUUACUGAACUUGAAUUUCAGCUGACGAUGGAAAAGAACAAUAAUGAAUCAGUUGUGGAUAAUAUGAGGAAAGAGAUUAAACACAAGUCAGAUGAACUGGAAAAAUUAACCCAGGAGAGAACACAGCUGAUUCACAAUUUGAGUCAAGUUCAAGAGGAGAACACCCUUCUCCAGGAAACGGUGCGCAGAGAGUGUGAGGAACGCUAUGAGCUGACUGCAGCUUUGACUCAAGCCAGGGAACAAGUACUGGAACUAAAAAAGCUCAGUGGAAACUUCCCGUUAUCGCCGUGUUCCCUGACUCAGGGCAGCCUAACCUCCUCUGCCGCCCUGCUCGCUGAUUACGGACAGAAAAGCCGCACAAGCCCCGGCCCUGGGAAGGAAAUCAAUCUCUCCAGACAGUUUGGUAUUUCACGAGCUGCUAAAGCACCCACCUCCGGUAAGCGUAACGGCAGCGGCGGCGUGGGCUUGCCGGCUCUGACCCCACCGCACCCUCCAAGAGGAAGGGCGGCUUCGCUGAAUGAGCCCAGGAGCAGGAUUGCGGCCGUUAUAAGAAGACAACUGAGUCAGCUCUGA